AUGGCCGUUCCCGUGAACCUUGUCGAGGUCGGCGUGCGCUUGACCGAGCUCUGGCUGCUGCGGGGGCACGCCUGCCCAUCUUGCAGCUGCCCGGCCUGCCCCGCCCAGACCUGCUCGCUGACGUGCAGCGGGCCGGCCUCCAGCCACACCGAGCCCCGCGCGGCUCUGGGAGCGCCGGGAGGCCCCGGUUGGCUCACCGUGUGGCUGGCCGCGGCGGCCGGGGCGAGCCUCGCCUGGCUCGCCGCUCGCUGCUGGCCCCCAGCGGCCAAGCUCACCGCCGCCCUCGCCAGGGAGGCGCCGCCGGUCCCAGACCGCGCUGCGCCGCUGGCGGCGCCCGCCGCGGCGGCUGGGCCGCUCGACAUGGCGGCCCGCCUCACGCUCGACCUGGAGGAGCCGCAAGUGAUGAUCGACUUCCCAGACGAUGCGGCGGGCCUGCGCUGGCAUCACCGUCUUCGUCUCAUCCAGACGCCCUCGCUGGGCGUCUGGAUAGCCAGCACCCCUGACUACUCGGUCCUGAGGCUGGACCUCAACGUGCACCGCGUCAUCGCGCUGGCGCGCAACGGCCCCUUCCCCGCGGCUCAGUGGAACGAGAGCUACAUUUUUGACAGCCCGAUCCCAGCGGCGGACCUCGCGCGGAUCAGGCAGCAGGCUGGGUCGCUCGGCGUCGUCCUCGGCCAGGUCGGCCCAGCGCCCGCGGCCCCUCAAGGUGCGGCCAGGGUCUGGCGAGUCGCCGACCUCUCACAUCGCGCCUUCGGGGGCGAGAUCCCCGCCCAGGUCCUCGGCGACCCAGCCGCUGACAUCACGCCCGGCGCCGCGGGCGAUGAGGACUACUUCUGCGGCCUCGUGUUCUGCCAGCUCGUACCCGACCCUGACAAGGACGCCCGGGAGAGGGCCCUCGUCUCAGACCACCGCAAGGACUUGCGGGUCGCUGGCGGCACCCGCGACCCGCUGGCAGACCAGCGUCUGUCGUCCUUCGUUGACUCCUUGGCCCUCCAGCACGCCGCCGCGGACCCACCGUUCCCUCUCGGCGGCCAGAGGGUCGCGCACGAGUGCAUGCGCACCCUGCGCGCCACGGGCAUGGAGUGGGUCGACCUCACACAUCAGUUGGACUUCGUCCACAAGUCAGGCAUCUCGCCCAACAGCAACAUCACGCGCGCGCACCGUCGCCUGACGGACGCGCUGCGCGCUUUCCAGCAGCAGGACAUGCUGAACUUUCCCAGCCUUGUGGGCAUCGAGGCCGCGGAGAGGCGGCGCUCGCCCCGGCGCCGCUCGGCCUUUGAUACCUCCGCGGUCUGGUUCUCUGGGGGCCGCGCGAGAGCGACGCCGACGGGAGUGCUACCGCGCGGCACCUCGUGCGGCGUGCGGCGGCGGCGCAACCGGGCGAUCAUGGCCCCGAACGACCUGCCCGCGAACGCUGCCCAAGCAUCUGUUCUCCAGCGCGUUCAUCAGCGAGUGGCUGCCUUCGUCGAGCCGCUCGGCGAGGACGGUGAUGACGCGCUUCAGUCCAUUCUCAAGUCCAAGGACAUCUACAGCGCUCGGCCAACUCCUGUUCGGCCCUAUGAAGCGCAUAUUUUGAAGAUUCUCGACAGCGGCACCCGUCCGCCUCCCAUCCGCUCGCUGGCCCCUGAUUCGUCGCUGCCGCUCAUCGACCACCGCGAGAGGUUCAUCUACCGGUCGCAGGCAGUGCUGGACACGAUGACCGAGACCGGCGAGCUCGCCCCAGCGCACCCGUUCUGGGGCGUCAACCUGAGGCGCGACCCCGAGCUCAGGCUCGACCUCUUCAAGAAGCUCAUCCGCAUCGGGCUGGUAGGCGCGCGCGCCCGCUGCCGCGCCCGCGCCGGCAUCUUCUUUGUAGGCAAGAAGGGCGGUGCGCUGAGGAUGGCCAUCGAUGGCCGGGAGCCCUCGGCCAUGCACCGUCGGCCCCCGCGGACUGAGCUCGGCUCCGCCGCCGCGCUCGGCUGCCUCUGCCUCGACGCCGACACGGCUUCUUACCAGAUGCAGUGGCUCGAGGUCGGCUCCUGGUUUUGCUUCGACUUCCCUAUGGCCAUCAUGAACUUCGACCUGGACUCCGUCUACGACGAGGUGAGCCGCUCCUACGUCCACGUCGACCCUGACACCGCGGUCUACCCUUGUUUCCAGGGUCUCGCCAUUGGUUGGAGCUGGUCGCUCUUCAUCUGCACUGCCAUCGCCGAGGACGUCACGAGGAUUGGCAUCGGCCAUGUCCUCUCGAUCCCCGCGGAUGCCGCCAGGAUCGUCUCCGAGCGCGCCCCUUGCGCCCGCCCCGGCCGUGGCGAGCUGGCCGGGGCCUCAUGCGUCGACAACGCCAACGUCGCUGGCCCCUCGCGGGAGCUCGUGGACGCGGCGCUGCGCGCCAUCCUCCGCGAGUUCGAGAGGCGCGGCCUCUCCUACCGCGAGGUCUGCCACGCGACUCAGGACAUCGUCUGCUGCGGCGUCCGUUUUGACGUCAUCGUCGGCCGCGCCGUGCCGCAGCGCGACCGGGCCUGGCGGUUGCGCCGUGCCAUCACCGCCCUGAUCGAUCGCCGCGGCUGCACGCCGACGGCCAUGGAGGUGAUCCUCGGCCACGUCGUCUACCACUUCAUGCUCAUGCGGCCCGCCCUGGCGAUCCUGAGCUCCCUCUACCGCGUGGCCUACUCGGAGGCCGACUACUGCAAGUUCGACGUUGAGCAGCUGCGCGAGCUCGGCCUCGCGAGCUCGGCCUCGUGA